AAUCGUGGUUCCUUGUAUUAUGUGAAUAAUUUGUCUAUCUGUAUGCAUUGUAAAUGUGAGAAUAUCAUCAAACACCAAAAUUUAACCAGUAAUUGGUGAAGAAAUCCUCAAGUUGUAUGGAGUGAUUGUAGCUGCUCCUGUGCUACUGUGAUUGGAGAAUGUAGGCCAGGUGGCAAGCAGCUGCAACAUAGGUAGGUCGCACUUGCCUUUGGCUUCGCGUGUGCAUCGCGCUCCCCAAAAAUACAAACCAUUCCUCUCUUAAUUCCAAUUGCAUAUCCAAAUCACGAUCUUUGCAAAUCUCUUCACCGUAUUUCCCAACCUACGCAAAUAUCGAAAGCACCAAAUUAAACCAUGCCCAUAAACCCCUCAGCUAGCGCUCGCGUCCGAGGCGCCUCUUCAGCCGCCUCCCGAUCUACGAAGGCGUCCAAAGCACAGGCUUCUACGACCGCGGGGCCCUCUAGGGUGCGAGGCCAGAGUUUACAAUCACCGCAGGUGAUCGGCUCGGACGACGAUCCGUUCGCGGAAGACGAGAGAUCGCAGCAGCGGCAGGGGAGAGGAAGAGAUAAUGAUACUAUGGAGAUUGAUGAGGGAGAAGGAGAAGAGAGCGAGGAAGAGGAGAGGAAGACGAUACCGCCCGAGCUGCUGACGCAUGUGCUGCAUCAGUUCUUCGAGAAGGACGGCACGAGGGUGUCGAAGGAUGCUAAUGCGGCGAUCGCGAAGUAUAUGGAUAUCUUUGUGCGGGAGGCGAUUGCGCGGACGGUGGUGGAGAAGGAGAAGGGGUUUCUUGAGGUGAGUUACUUGACGGGUGGUGUUGAUGAGUGUGGAGGGGGUAGAGGGUGUGCUGACUAGAGAAUAGGUUGAGGACUUGGAGAAGGUCGCGCCUCAGUUGUUGCUUGAUCUGUGAAGAAGUAGGAUUGGGAGAGGAGUCUACAUCCUCCCUAAAGGCAAGAAUUGGCGUGUGAAGAGUCUGUGUUAUGGCUGCUGCACCCGAGGACAUGGUUUAGUCAGACUUGGCAUGGGCAUCAUGAGCAUCAUGAUCGACCGUGACAGAUCAGUAUCAACCGGCACUUGUAAUUACAUAAGCGACCUAUGAGAUCGAUUCACGAUACCAUUUUCGUGGAAGGUCGUGGCACCUGUCAAUGCCUACUCGUUUCGUCAUGCCACUAGGGCGGAUUUCCGGAGUUUUUUUGAGAGAUCUAUUUCUAUGCAGAGACUAUCCCAAACUUGACAGUAAGGCUAUCAAAGCCUCGUAUGAAUACGCGGCAACAACUGCUACAGACUAGGCGUUGGCCUUGUCAUAUCUUGAUGGGGACGUUUUAGUGUCUUUCUAUUCCCAAACUCCCAUGAUCGCCCGCAUGGGACAAAUGCAUUUUGGGUCCUACGAUGGCUCGAUUAUGGAUCUUUGCCUCUCAACUUAGUAUCAAGAAAGCUUCAUAAAGCCU